AUACAGAUAUGCAGUUAUAUCAUCAGAAAUGGAGGGAAAGUCAUUGAUGUAAAUUAAAAACAGAAGUGGCCCAAGGAUGGAGCCCUGGGGAACACCGAUAUCAACCGAAGCAAGGCUGGAGCGAACAUGCUCUACCUCAACACAUUGUGUGCGGCCUUCUAAAUAUGAUUUCAGCAUCAUAAGUGCAUUGUCACGUAUACCGUAAGCAUACAGUUUCUUAAGUAAAAUGGUUUGGUUCACAGUGUCAAAUGCUUUUCGGAGGUCAAGGUAUAAGCCGCAGACAACUUUGCCUGCUUCAAAUGCUUGGUUUACCUUUUCUUGAACCAAAAGAAGGGGCAUGUAAGUGCUCAUGCUUUUUCUAAAACCAAACUGAAAUUCGGUGAUGAUUUUGUUAUGUUCAAAGAAAUGCUCAAGUCGGGUAUGUACUAGUUUUUCUAGUAUUUUCGAUAUAAAAGGCAGUAUGCUUAUUGGUCUAUAGUUUGUAAAACGUUGCUUAUCCCCUGCUUUAAAAAUUGGUUUUAUAACCGCCGUUUUCAAAGGGCGAGGAAACACGUUUUGGCGUAAGCAUAAAUUCAAGAGAAAGACAAGCUCUCUUAGGACAGUCUGUCUGGUGUUGCAGACGGGAUGGCGAAAGGGACGUCUCUCCGUGCACGACUGCCACCGCCCCUGGCGGACACGAUCCAGACGGCAGACGUUGCGCACGGGACGGACUCACCGAAACUGCACCGCGCGGCGCACUGGUGGGCGGUGUUUUUGCAUCGCGUGCACUGGCUGGCCGGCGGUGCGCACUUGUUCACCCGUUUUCAGCCAACAUGGAGUCGAUUCCGUCAGUGGAUAUGCAGCCCGACGAUCUGAAGGGUCUCAGCGAUGAGCAGCGUCUGGAGCAAGUCGGUAAGCGGAUCUUGGACGCACUAAAAGACAUCGGCUUCGUUUAUCUGCUGAACCACGGCCUGCCAGAAGAGCUACGUAAUUCUGCUUUCAAGUCGGCAAGCGACUUCUUUGCCUUACCGAUUGAGACAAAGCUCAAGUAUCAUCGUUUUCAGAAGACAAGGGUCAACGGCUACACACCUAUCAAAGACGAGGUGCUGUCCAACUCCGACGGUAGCCGUGACAGUGACACCCUCAGCGAGCUCAAAGAGGCGUGGGACAUGAUGGUCCCGGGCGAGGACAUGCCGACGGCAGAGGCGCCCGUCUUCUGCCGCGAUUUCGAGGCGCUCAUGAGCGCGCUGUCGGCGCUGAGUUUGCGGGUGCUGGCCGGUCUGGAGGUGGCGCUCGGCCGGCCAGCGCUGCUCACGGCCAGCCACCGGCACCAGCUGGGAGCCGAGAGCGGCACCGUGCUGCGCGCCGUGCACUACCCGCCGCUGCCGGAGCCGGUGCCGGCCGGCGCCGUGCGCUGCGCCACCCACUCGGACUGGGGCAGCAUCAUCCUGCUGCUGCAGGACCCGUGUGGCGGCCUGGAGGUGCUGAGCCGCGCUGGCCGCUGGGUGCCGGCGCCGCACGUGCCCGGCGCCGUGCUGCUGAACGCCGGCGACCUGUUGGAGAUCUGGACCGGCGGCCAGGUGCUGGCCACCAAACACCGGGUCGCCGUGCCGGAGGAGGAGCGUCUGCGCCGCGCCGACCGGCUCUCGCUGGUCUACUUCGGACAGCCCGACGACGACGCCAUGGUGGUUCCGCCCAGUGGAGCCGAGCCGUACCACGCCGUGAAUGCCAGAGAGUACCUGGCUGCCAAGUACAGGUCGUGUCUGCUGAAGUACAAGGAAUAGCCGGAACAGCAGAGGCGCGCCCACGUCAGUCCAUUUGGGUACCGUCAGUCCACGACAGUAUACUUGCUCGUUGCUGUCUCCCCCUUGGCCUGGAGAACGCUCUUAACUGUUAAAAUGCAAUCAUGCAAGCAAGCUUCCAUCCAAACGCUUACACGUACAUGCAAAGUGCAUAAACUAGCAGGCAAGCUGAGUUAUCUGGGAAGGCAAGGUUUACCAGAAAUCCCCAAUUGCCAGUGUAUGCACUUGAGCAGUCAUAAUUGAAGUCCGAAUCAAAAUGCUUUGCUUUCCUAACCAGCCACAACCAAGAGGAAAUGUUAACAGCAAUGACAAUAAUACUAUGACAUGCAUCAUACACCAAACAAUUAAGAAUGGUGUGCUAAAACCCAGUUGGGCGCGAGUUAUGUAAUGUGUUUCAAAUUAUCAUGCUUUUCGGUGUGUAGGUACGAACUUGGGUACGAACGCUGCAUUGUACAGUUUUGAGGCUGGCGUUGUAAUGUACACGCUGCUGCUGUCAGGCUGGUGUUGUAUUACACACUGCUGCUGUCAGGCUGGUGUAUUACACGCUGCUGCUGUCAGGCUGGUGUAUUACACGCUGCUGCUGUCAGGCUGGUGUUGUAUUACACACUGCUGCUGUCAGGCUGGUGUAUUACACGCUGCUGCUGUCAGGCUGGUGUUGUAUUACACGCUGCUGCUGUCGGCUGGUGUUGUAUUACACGCUGCUGCUGUCAGGCUGGUGUUGUAUUACACGCUGCUGCUGUCAGGCUGGUGUUGUAAUGUACACGCUGCUGCUGUCAGGCUGGUGUUGUAAUACACGCUGCUGCUGUCAG